CAGAGUCCACAGUCCUAACUCGGCCUCAGGCUACGAUAGAUCGUAUCUUACGUCGGUUCGAUCUUGCCGCGAAUUCAUCUUGCGCGCGUCAGCUUGUCCCGGUCCUGACUGACCUCUUCGCUCAACUGCGACCGAUCGAACGACCUUCAAGUAUCAUCGAAACUCUACCGAUACCUUUCUUUUAUCGCGCCUCGCGUCGAUAACGUUCCUCCGAAACGGUUCUUUCCUCUUCUUUUCCGAGUGCUGGUGAAUUCAAUUAUUCAAGGAUACUUUGCUGUUUCAAGGAUUCUUUGGUAGGAUAACAUACCAAAAGACUGGAACUUAGGAGAUGCUUUCGAAACCACAGUCCUGCUAAGGCUACAUCUGAUCAAAUAUAUCCAGGUGAAUCGGAUUGAAAGAUGCAAAGAAUACUGUUGCCAUUGUUCUUAACGUUCUUGAGCUAUUCAGGAUGGACCAGUGGGCUUUGCGUUCUGGAGAACGGUACAACAGCUCAUUGCCACGAACUCGAAGAUGUCAAAUAUAUAGACACUUCUGCCCUUAACUUGCUGAAGGCUUCCACGGAGAAAUCUACCCUCGGGCCAAAUCUUUUCGUUAAUUUGACCAGUCUUCGGCAUUUAGAUCUUUCAGGAAAUGCCAUCGAACAAAUAGAACCAAAAAGUUUUAGCCACUUGACGAAUUUAAGAAGUUUAAACCUUGCGGAUAAUCGUAUUGAACAUUUUGAACUGGCUUCUCUAGAUGGUUUAAAUCAUUUGCACAGUUUAAAUCUUCGUAAGAACAACCUUCGACACUUGCCACCAGCCUUGGCUCGCUUAAAAAUUCUGAAACAUCUCGACGUUCAAGGCAAUUCAUUGGAAUGUAAUUGUGCAACACUUAGGGUAAAAGAUUUGAUCGUAAAAAGAGGCACGAAAAUCUCGAAGAAAGUUCUAUGUGCUAGUCCGAAAAAUGUAAAAGGAAUAUCAUUAUUCAAAUUAGAUACCGCGAUUAUUUGUGAAUUCGAGGAACAAGAUCGCGAGAUGCAAAAUGAUCAGGCAUCUACGUAUUCGGAGGAAGAUUAUGGUUCUGGAGAUUUGUUCGAUACAGAGGAAGAGAGCAUGGAAUAUUCGAUAGAAGCUUCAACCACCGAAACUCCGAAGGAAAUCGCAGUUGAAACACCAUUCCCAGAAAUUCCUGCUACUACCGUUUCGAGUUUUGAAUCAAAAACAACUGAAUUACAGCUUUCGACUCGAACGACAGAUGCUAGCGAACCGACAGAUGCUAGCAAACCAACAGAUGCUACCAAAACGACAAACACCAACGACGAUGAGAUCUUUUUCGAUUCCGAAGAAAGAAGUAAUCCUACUACGGUGGGUACGACAACGGAGAGAAAGAAAGUCUACCAAGAUGGUCUAUUUUAUCCGACAGAAAGUUCAGGCGAUGGAGAAGAUGGUUCUGGAGAAGGAUCUGGAACAGGCAUAGAUACUGGUGACUGGAAUACAAGUUACCAACCUCAAACAAACGACGAAGAGAAGGAAAUUUCUCUUUUCGAGAGAUUCUACACUAUAUUUACGGGAUCAACGACGUCUUUAGAAGCGAAAAAGGAACCUAACUUGGAAGAGGAAGAAUUUAUCGACGCGUCUUCGACUAAAGGUAUCGAGGAUGAAGAAGAACAAUUAGUCCACAAAUCUGUGUCAAAUCCGGUUGCAGUAGGUGUAUCAAAAAAGGAUUCCGACGAAGCAGUACCAGGUACUACUGAUAUGAGUACCAAAGCUGAUGUAACGACACCUGUUAAUGGAGUUGAACUAUUCGACAGCAAGUUGAAUGAGAUGACGAAAUUAGGCAAAGUUAAGGUGGACGAGAAAGACACGGAUGACGAAUUGACGGUAUCUCCAGCAAAACAAUCAAAGAAAGGAAUGGGUUCUUACGUUGUUCUAGCCGUUUUAUUGGCGGUUUUGGCGACUCUCAUAGGAUUUGCAGCUUACAAAGGUGACUUUUGCAGGAAUGGAAGGAAACGUGAUGAUGUUGAAAAUGGAACUGAAUUGAAAGACAUGCAGAAAGCUUUGUUGGAAACGGGAAGUUCAACGCAACCAAAGAUAGCUUCGAACGGAAGUGUGGAAAGCACGCCUUUGGUCGCAGACACGACAGAUCACGAUGAGAUAAGGAUUUCGAAUAACUACCAAGUUACGGCAGAAAUACCAAGAUCUCCGAACGGUAUUUCCGACCAUACAGAACCAGUAAAACCACCGCGAGCGAUUACUCCGCAAAACGAUCAACGAAUCGGAGAGACGACCGGUCAAGAUGGAAAUUCUCUGAAAGAUGAUACGUUGUCGUUACAGACAGAUUCUAUAGAUCCAGUAGUUAAUGGCAGCCCGAUUUCGCCAGAAAAGAUCCAACCUCCCUUAAGUCCCGGUGCUCAGAGAGUGAAGAUUACUUUGCAAGAAAAUCCUGACAGCGUGCCAAGGACGCCUAUACUCAUCACGAGAACAAUGGCUGGUGAGAAUCUAGUCAAGACGCCAUGAAGUAGAUUUGAAGGGCCUUAAUCGGAUGAAAAACUUGAAUCCACAGGAGAAUCAACGAAGACGAAGAAGAGAUCGGUAUGUUCGUGUGUGCCGAAUUAUCGGAUUCAUAAUGCCACCAGUGUUCCUAAAUCCAUGCCGAAUGGGCCUUGAUUUCGAUGGAUUUUUAAGAUAUUGUGAGAUAGACAAUUAUACCAUCAUCGAAUCUGUGUUUUGACUAAGAAACGGAUUGCUUUAAAUGAAAGUCCAGCUUUGUAGACGUACAGUUUAUUGACGAUUCGUUUAAUCGAGAAUAAUAGGAGGAAUGAACGAUUCUGCGAAAUGUUGUUUGUACAUAUUUGAAAAUAAUAGUCGUACAUGAUAAUACUUCCGCUGUUUGAACAAAGUUUGUGGAUGGAUACUAUUUGAUACAUUUUAUAUACGUUUAUGCAAUAUUAGCACACUAGUCAGUUCUCUUAAGCAUCUUCCUUCCUGUGUAAACUCGAAUGGAAUUUGAAUACGAUAAGUUCCAUUAGAAUUCUUUAUACUCGAAGUAUACCAUUAUUGUUGCAAUAUAACACGAGUGAUGCUAAAACUAUAAGAAUCUUCAUAUAUAAUGUCAAAAUCUUUCUCUAACUGGUUCAAUUUUUACAUAAUACUACAUGUACGGUUUUCGUUAAAUUUUUCUUGAGAUAUAUUAUAAUAUAUUGAUAGUAAACGAAUGUUUCGUUUUGUGAUAUUAAAUAAAAAAUUAAAUGUUCUUCUGGAAGAAUACAAAAGGGUUUGACUUUCGCUAGCGAAACUUAACACUUAAUAAUUAAAAAAUUAAUUUAUAUAAAAUCUAUAUCCUAUGUAUUUAUAAUAAUCAUUCCAAAUUAAUCAUAUCAUCCUCAUCGAACCGAUGAUGUUAAAUAAAAUAUCGAUAUAAAGUAAGAUAAUAUAGAGUGUAUGUAAUUUAUAGGAGACAAGCAGUUAUUUGAAAUUUGUUUGGAAAGGAAAUUGAAACUUUAACGUUUCAAAUAUAAAAUGUCAAUUGUGUGUCUUGUAUCCGCACGAGUUCGCAUAAGACUCAUCAUUUGCAUUUUUUAGCAACUCCUCAACUGUUGAACAACCUUUUUACUACUCUUUAAAAUUCCAUAAGGAUAAAUAUUAUUAAAUGCGAAUAAUCUAUUUAUGAAAAUCAACAUUACAAAGCGUUAGUGUUAAAUAUUGUUUAAGCAUUUGUUACGGUGCAUUGAAAACAAUGAGAAUUAUCGUUAAAAUUGCUGGAUAAUAAUAUUCAGUAAAAAAAAUUAUGGGGUUCCUCUUAAACGAGGAAAAAGUAUUUUUAAAAAUAAUUCUCUGAAACUUGUCGCUUUGAUCGUAUUUAUUCUUCUACACCAAAUUUCUAUUAACUUUUGCAAACCUUUUGCAAAUCUCCUUGUAAAAAUUAUUUCCAAAGAAAACCUAUGCGUCCUUGCAUUAUGGCAGCAAACUGUUUGUGCAAAACACGAAGCGUUUUGAUUUCGUUUAAGCGUGUUCAGUUUAACUUGUAGCAAAGAGAAUUAUCUCAUUGAUGCUGUGAUUAUCACUGAAACGCUAAGAGAAGGUAAUAUUCGAUCCUUCGUUUUAUCAUCGACAUAUCAUCAUUAUUUUCGCCAUUAACUUUGUUCCCUAGAUAAGUUUUCCUAUGCAACAUUUAUGAAAUAUACAUUGUUACAUAUAUAUAUAUAUAGGUACAAAUUGUAUGAUAGCGAAUAUACAGUUGAAACAAUCAUAUCGAUAUAUUUUUCAUGCGUUUAUAAUUUUGAACAAUGGAUGCGAAAUAAAAUGAUAAUAUUUAUAAAAUA